AUGGAAACAGCGGCAAAAAGAAUUUGCACCGUGUACGUCACAUUGAAGGAGUCUGUGAGAAAAUCCACAAAGGUACUGUUCGCGUGGGAUUCUGGGUCGGCAAUUGUGCUGGUUACGGAUCUGCUGAUGCUCAGACAGGCUGGAACUCAGUAUCCCGGAUCUAUGUGGAAGAAUUACCUCCGCCACAGGCUUAAUAGCAGCACGGUCAGAGUUUCUGUUUCACUUUCAAAGAUGAUCAUGAACAGAGUAAUAUUUCGGGGGUAAUCAGUAAGCAAACUGAAAUAAAUUUUGAUUAUCAGAGACAGGAGUUUAGGUUUGCGCAGAAAAUCUGUUUGAAAGUUGUAGGAUUUAGAGCUUACAUUAUGUUCACUAUUGUCACAAGGUGACAACAAUGUUAGAGCAACUUUUUUAUAUUACUAAAUAAAUGGGCUUUAACAUAAAAUAAAUAGCGUGCAUUCUGAAUUUAUACUACCCUUCGGGACCUUUGACUGUGUUGCAGGCGCUUGUAAGUAUUAAAUGAGCGCAAGAAAGAACGGACAAGCGAGGGAGUCCGUUCUUUCUUGCGCCCAUUAUUUCCGCCUUUUUUCUGAUUCUUUAAUUUAUCAUUCAGUGCUAUUUUCCUGCGCUUAUAUUUCUACAAAUUAAUGAACUGAAGUCAACAUUAAAGUCAGAGCAAAUGAUAUAUUUUCAGCUGAUGGUACCGUGAGAAUCGAGGCACCCAACGACCGAAUGUUUUAGAAGCCUGUGUGGUAAAUUUGUAACUGCCCUAGAUACUAUUUAUCUGUUCGGAUUUCUUUGGUAAACUCUGGUCGUCUCGAAAGUUUUAGUUGGGUAAUCUCAUCUGAAACUGUUAGCUACCCUGAUGGGCCCGGUCGAAAGUUCCAGAACAUGGAGUAGCGGCACCUUAAAUAGAAGAUUCUACGGAACGUUUUGAAUUUUUACCGAAAUAUUUAGGAGACCCUUUUUUAACAAUAAUAAUCUUGGUUACCCUGGGUGCCAGAGGAUUUUUUUCCUGUUGUUCGCGGCCAAAAUUGAGCGGUCGAGUCGAUGGCGAUUGCCUCGCUUUGAGGCGCCUGCUCACGUUUUGCCUCAUUUUCACGCGCUAACUCACGCGGUGAUUCGUGUGUCCUCGGGCGUUCAUCUUUCAAACGUUUGCUGAGGUCUGCUUUUCUGUCUUCGUAAAUCGUUCAUCUUUUAAAAGUGUGCUGAAUCUUCGUAAAGCGUACAUAUUUUGAGUUUGCUGAAGGUCUACUAUCGAUCUGUGUUUAAUGAAUCUUCCAAAGCGUUCAUCUUUCAAAAGUGUGCUGAAAAUUUACACCCCGACAAGAGCCAUAGUUGGUCCUAUUAUGGCUCUUGACCCUGAGUAAAAUUUUACUUUGGAUUAAGCCUUCAUAUAUUUCUUUGGAAAAUGUGUGCUACUCUGGUGCAUGCAUCAAACCGGGUUGUUUAGCUCGGCGUCCGUUGUGCUACAAAGUAAAUUUACCGGAGAGUUAUGUGACUAACAUACCGCCGAAAGUACAAUUCAAUCAACAACGUCUUUUGACCAAAGCAUUUGGUGUUCUUGCGCACGCAUAUAUUGGUUUUCUAUCGAAAACGUUAUUGCAGGAUGUCUAAAUAGAAAAAAAUCAUUGUAUUCUUUCUUUAUAAUAAGUCUGGCGGCAGGCAUGAGGCGGGGCAGGGUGGGUCCUAAAAGGACUAGUCAUGUGGGCGGCUGAAGGGAACAUUAUUUAGAUAAAGAGAAAUCAGGGGACACCUUUUGACCAGUUAUUACCUAAAAAAUUGUUUGAUGGAUUCGAGAUAAAUAAACAGCACCUUACUUGCAGUGAGUAUUUCAACUAGCUGGCGUUCUUGCAUUUGAAUUGUAAAAGCAGUCAGCAGCCUCUACCUAUUGUUUUAAUUCUGAGCCAGGAUGAUACUGUGAGAUUAAGAGUAAGAUUUACAUAGCAACAGCACUUCUCUCCGAAGAAGAAAGCUGUUUCGUUUAAUUUGAAAAGUAGAGCUGAAUAUCUCUGUAGAUACAGAAAGAUAGAUUUCCGGGGAGGGAAUUGUCGUAUCAAAAAAACCGUGCCCGUAAGUUGGAAAAUUGGAAUUAAGCCCUUCAAUUGGGUGUGGCUCCAGCUUGAUUUCACCACUGACUCGUCCCCAGUCGUCUCUUAUUAUUUUGUGAGCGGUCAAAGAACGGUUGCGGGAGACUAUUAGACACUGGUGCGAAGGGGACGAUGGGAAGGUGAAAGCGGAAAUGAAGUAUUUUUCCUCCUUCCCAUCAUCCACCGCACUUCCCUUUACCGCGCUUCUCUCGUUAAUAUUAAUAGGAGACUGAGAGAACUGGGGACGAGUCAGGAUUUGACCCCAAUACCCCAGCACUAUGACGGCAUUUGCUACUUUUAUUUAGCUUAAUCUUUAUGCACAACCCAACGCAAUUUUUUAUGGGUUAAAAAUAAUCGCUUUCCUUUCUGAACACCCUAAGUCAGACCAAAAUCUGAAAUUUCUUCUCUCAAAGUGACGACGAGCAUCACCUUCAUUUUCAUAUGGGAAUCCGGCAUACAAACAAUUACUAAAAAAUUACAUCGAUUCGAGAUUCUUUCUGCCUUGAAACUUUCGCGCACCGGCUUUAUUAGGCUGCCUCCUCGCAUCCUCGCGUCUUCGCGACGUUGUUCGUUGGCAGUAACUUAUUUCUACUUACAGUGGACUCCGAUAACUCGAACCCUCAAGGGAAAACGAGUUUUCGGGAGCUCGAAGAAAAUAUCCGGGAGUAAGGAAAAGAACAGUUUUUACGGCACAGUAACCAUUUAAUCACGUUUACUUGUAGAAAUGUCAAAUGAAAAUUGAAAGAUUCUUCAUGAUUAUAAAUCAGAAUGUAACGUAACAAAUAGCCUAAUUAGAGAAUGCGUUUUACUGUUUUGAGAAGUAAAGCUGUUUCACGUUAGAUUUGUGGCAAACAACAUCAGCCUCCACUAGUAAACUAUAAUAUGCCUACAACACGUCAAUGGGAAAUUCAAAAUUCAAUGUUUCGGACGCCAUUAGACUUUUUUCCCCGACUUUUUGAGGUUUUAAGGGUUCAAAACUCCAUGGUUCGAGUUAUCGAGGGUAAAAUUACAUAGAAAUGCCCCUCAGGGGAAACAAAAACUACUUCGAGUUAGCGGGAGAUUCGAGUUUCCGAGGAUAAAAUUACAGUAAAUACAUGACGAAAAUCCAGGGGGAAUCUAUUUUGGUUAGAGAUAGCGCGAGGUUCGAGUUAUCGGGAGUGAACUGUAUUCCUUCCUGGGCGUGAGUAGCGCGACUGAGUUCGGAAUGCAAGGCAGUAGCUGACUACAUUUGAAACACACUCCAAGCCGUGGAAUGCCUAAGUGUAAGAUCGCGAGGAAAUACGAGUUGAACCAAAAUUAAGGGAAAUCAGUUUUUUUACCUAAUUUACUACCGUACAUAAACACCUAAGGUUCAUUUCGUUUCUAGUAGCUUCUAGUCUCGACUCCUUUGACAGUGUCUGAUCACAAGUAUCGAUCAUACAAUCAAUACAAUUGAGCUAAUUGUCAGCGAAGUUUGUUUGUAAUUAUAAAUCAUUAAAAAUUUCACUGUUAAUAUUAUAAUGGAACUAUAUUUUUAACAAAUUCAUGCUUGAAUCAGACGUUUAAGAGUUAGAUGGAUUUUUUUAAGAUGGAGGAACUGGAUAUCAGUUUCGGUUAAUGGUCAAUAGAGUAGGGUCCUAUAAUAUCACCUCAAAGCUCAAGAUUUCAAUUGAAUUUGUCAAAUUGAAAGUACAGUCUUUAUUUUGAGCACUGGACCAGACUCUGGUCGGCUAAAAGAGCAGGGGUACCCAACGAGAAUAUAGUUCAAAACCACUUAAACAUAGCAUUGUUAAACGUAUUUUAGUAUUUAAACGGUAGAUAUAGGCAUAUUUACAUCCCCUAAAAAUUUUUCAUCUGUUCGGAUUUUCUAGCUGAAAGUCUAGUGAUCCGAAAAUUAUAGGGAUCAAAACUUACCUUUUCGAAAAUUUCAGCCAGAAAAAAGGCUCCCGAAAAUUCUAGGUGACCUUUUUAGGGUAAAAACCCGUUAAAAAUAGGCAAUUAUACCAUUUUUUAGAUGUUCGAAAAUCCUAGGAGAGACGGGCAAGCAAGAAAUUUUACAACAAAUGUUUAGAAAAUUCUAGAUCUCAAAUCGUCUUCCGAACAGAUAUUCUUCCGAAAAUUGUCGUUGGGUGCCCCUGAAAGAGGUCCACACUUUAGUAUCAAAGAUAGAAGCAGACAUCCUGUAGGCAAGAGAAAUACUUCCGCCACGACAGUUUCAUUUUUCUAGUACGUAGUCGAAAGGUGCUAUUUAUUAUGCAACCUAUUGCCUACAGUGUAUGUUACUGGAAUGCAAAUUUUACAUCAGUACUUCAAAGUAAACAAUUCAAGCAACACGCUCAAUUUUCAAACAAACAGACCAUGACAAUGAUUUCCGCAUCCGAUUUUUUGAGUAAAUGUUUUAGUAAAAUGUGAAAACUUCGCACAAAGCCGGGCUCAACUACCUCGCGACUCAUUCAUGUUAUGCCUUGUAUCCGUGACUAUCUUAGAAGAUGACAUUUUCAAAACUCAGUAAAGAGGAAGACCGAACACAGCAUCGCGUUUUGAAUUUUUUUAGACGGCUUUAAGUGAAGAACUGGCCACGUUUACAUUGAGAAUACUAUAGACCCAUGCACUAAAGCACUCGUGACAGGCAGAGACGACAAUUUAUUAAACAAGUAUACUGGCUGGUCUAAAGUUUAAGAAAGGGUCCUGUUUGAAAUUGUUAGUAUCGUUUUUAAGUUACUUGAACUUGUGUUUCGCGCUAACAGAAAACAAACUUGCCGUAACUGACGAGUGAAUGCGUAGAAGAGCGCAUUUCACUGGCGUCAGAAAAAGAAAACACAUAGUGAAUAAUCCAAAUAUACUAUGUACAAUCCAGUUCAGGCGUAGUCGUAAAACUUGGACUUCUCUCAGAACUGCAUUGUUCAUGAUAUAAUAAAGCUUCUAUAAAACCGAAAUCGAUCAAAGAAAAAAAAAAUUCCCUCGUCACCCUCAUCACCCUCCCCACCCGUUACCCCACCUUUGCUUCUCACUGCCCCACCCUCCCUUCCCUAGCCCAAUUACUCUUCUAAAACCUCUCUUUCCUUAUUUAUACAUGCAAAGAAAACAAAGUGGAAAUUUCUCUUCGCUGGAAUCGCGAUUUUUCAAACCACUUUGCAUGGGAAAGCAAAUUUGUUCCAGUUAUCGGCAUUUUGAAGAUCGGUGGUAAACAGUGUUUGGUUGGUGAAGGGAAGCUAGGUUUGCUUCAAAAUAUGGGGAAUUUCAAGACACUGAAAGUUCGAGAAUCGUGAUUCUAUUGUACUUUACCGAUCGCUCUGAACAACAGUAAAGCAAGAUGGCUUGAAAGAAUCCUUGUUUCGUUCAACAAGAAGUUGCAUAAUAGGUUAAUUCCUCUCAGCUCACGCUGACUCAUAAAUUGUCUCAUAGAAGACGAAACCUUGAUAAAUGGCCGGAUAUUUGGAGGGUAUGUAUUCAAUAGUUUUAUCAUGUUAAAACUUGGACGGAGGCUAAAAUGUCGGUUCUUUUUCUAGUUUAACUACAAAUUUCUCAAUGCAAUCGCAUAGAAACCAGGAGCUCCUAUCGACUGUUUUUUGUGAAUUAUCUGUUCGGAGAAGCAAAUAUUGCCUAGAAUUUUCUAUUACUUGAGGACUGGACGGCUAACACUUUCUAGAUGACCAUUUCACUCAUAUAUAUGUAUUUCGAAACUUAGCUAAUAAAUUCGCUACGAUUUUCUAAAGUUUAAUUUUCACAUUUCACUUCCAAAGUUAUGCCAUUUUUCGCGGAGAAAAGGAAACCUAAAAUUUUCGGACUCAAAAAUUCAAAGGGGAGCUUGAGAAAUCAGAAAAUGUCUCACUUUCGUAAUACGUCAAACUGCAUCUAAGAUUUUCGGGAAAUUAAUGCUUAAUCCCCUGCAAUUUCGAAAAUACACAAGUUCCCCUAGGGUGACCGAACAGAUUUAAAUUUUAUAACGGCACUUAGAAAUCAUUUCUAGACAUCUAAAAGCACUCUGGAUUGCCUAAAAAGUGUUAUCAAUGUAUUUAGGAGGAAACCGUCCGUUGGGUGCCCGUGAGAAACCGCAUUCGCAUCAGUUGCGGAUUCCUUUCAAUAUCAUUUCGAUUUUACACUUUCAAUUUUAAACUUCGGAAUACAAAAAAAACUGAACUAUUAAAUAUAACCCAGUUUCCAAAACUCGACGUAUAGCGACAAAGAAUCUCUGAUCGGGAAUAGAAAUUAAAGUGAUCGAUCGAUACAAAAGAGCCACGCGUCAUAAAAUCUAUCCAUUUUCGCAGUCUUUUUCCCUCAGUUUUACUCACGCCAUCAUCCCAAUACAUAUGCGUUCUUAACCAAGAAGAGGUACGUAAGCAAGUAAGACGAAAAAUAAACUGGUCAGAAUCUGAAGAAAUAUUAAAAGAAAAAUCGUCCAAAAACAAGGACAGCAAAUAUAUAUCAUCGAGCUCGAAAAAUCUUCAAUAGAUGGGUUGUUAAAGAGAGAUUUCGGGUUACGUGUGACUUAUGAAGCAGAUCUUGAGUGAGAGCGAACGUGUAAUAAGAUUUAGAAGUCUUAGAAGUUCCACGACUUUCUCCAUAGGCGUACGGGCCGGGGGGGGCGAGGGGGGCUGCAGCCCCCCCCAAAUUUUGGGCAACUCAGAUUUUUUGGGCAACACGAGAAAAUUUGGGCACAGCCAGUUUUUAAAGACGUCUCCAUGUUUUUAUUAUUAUUUUGAAGAGAUAAAUAUUUUCUAUUUUAACCUGAAGUCGGCGUAAUAAUCCAGUUACAUUGACACGAGACAGUGUCUGCCUAGCCUCCCACGCAGGCAUUUCUAGGGGAGCUCGUUUUUCAUCCCUCCCCACAAAGUUGUCUUCCGUUGAGCAGGCGUUUGUGGGGAGGGAUGAAAAACGAGCUCCCCUAAAAACGCCUGCGUGGGAGGCUAGUGUCUGCCUAGCACGUGACGAAUUUCUGGUUAUAAAGGAAAGGUAUCAUAUGCUGAUUUAUUUUUUAUUGUUGGGCACUGUACUGCAAUGGGCUAUUUCCAGUCGUGAAUUGAUUGGAAUAAACUUCCGUCAAACUUUCUAGAAUCAUCUCUGCUCGUAGAACACUGUAUGGCAGAUAGCAUCAGCAGUGGGUCUUAAAGUGAAGAAGUGGCUGACUAAUUCUCAGUUUGAAUUGCGAGAAGCAUCUUGAUUUUUUUAAAAAGUCUAUCAAGCGGUUUAAAAAUUAUUCAAUAAUUUGUUAAAGUAGACUGACAUGUUUACAAAACCGCUAACAAGAGCGCCAUGAUACAUACUAAUCAAAUCCUUCUUUGUAGCAAUUGGCCGGAGCUAUCUCCACGAUCUAUCAACCACGUUUUUAAAAAGAUUGAAACUACUAUGAGGUGAAAUAUCAUGUCAAAAGCGCAUCGUUUUCUACAGAUAACGGCCAAACAUCAAGAUUUUCCUUUUUUUACCGUAUUUCCAACGAUAAAAACUUUAUCCCAAAAUAUCUCGAUAACGCUCUUACAGAUUCCGUUUUAACUUGACGAACGUCGAGGCGACUAUUGGAGGAAAAAGCUCCUGUCAUCGAUUUUAGAAGAACAGUUCCCAGAGAGAAAUAUUGCUGCAAGUAUAAUGGGUAAUGGCUUCAGUUCGUUGCUAUAACAACUCCGAUGUCAUUGCAACCCUGAUCCCAACAAAUUUUCAUCUUUAUCUGAUACAACUGUGGUGGUAAUUUGUCCAAAUGUUUGUUUAUGGCGACAAAGUUUAUGCUCAAAUUUGGCAGUUAUUGACCCUGAAAAACUGUAUGGAGCCAUUUUCAUAUGUCAAUGCUGCCUAUGUUGUUGCAUCGGCCCUCGUUUCUGUUCGACUGUUUUGUAAAAAUUUGGGCAACUUGCAAAAAUUUUUUUGGGCAAAUGGUUUACCGCCCCCCCUGGCAAAAAAUAGCCCGUACGCCUAUGUUCUCGUUUUCACAUCGUCAGUAUGAAAAGUGUUUUCACCCAUUAAUUUGCGACUCAAACCAAUUCUGGAUUGUUGACGCCAUAUGAAAAUUCAGAAAGAUAUUAAAUUUAAUAAUCUCCCAGAGAAUUCGUCCUCCGGUCUUAAAGAGACCCGACGAGAGUGCAGUAUCAGUGUUAAUUAAGAAACUAAAUAUUACAAAAACAGGGACUCCAGUUUUCUUCUGUUUUUUCCAAGUCCGAGGUAAUAGAUCCAUGAUUACCCUUCAUGUAUGCUGUGGCUCGCAGUAAGAGAUGCCAUUUCAUUGGAUUGGAUCAAUUACUGACUGACAAAAAACAGUAGAGCCAAUAGCAUUGCUCGUUGGAACAUGGGUACAAUGUUCUCUUAACUUGUUCCUGCGAGCAUAGAAUGAUGAUGCAUGAAUAUCACAAAAUAGUGGGAAGAACGAAGACAAGACAAGAAUUAAGGCUUAAAAACAAAAAUAGGGUAGGUUUGUAUAUUUUUACUUAACCGUGGAUUCUUUAAAAGAUACGUGUCGUAUUCAUAGUAAUCACAAUUUUCCUAUUUCCCUUACUCUGCAGUCCUUUGAUUUGUCCACUGAGACAACUGCGGUGCAACUGGAAAUCUUAGAGGUAGGUUGAAUGCCUCAUAAUAAAUUAAACCGUGUCUGUGCGAGGUUUUGAAAAACAUCUCCGUCGACUUUUUUAGAAAAUGUUUUAGAAAUGAACUCGUCAAAAGGCGAAUAUUAUAAGAAUGGUCAAUUCUUCUAAAACUGAUAAAUCGUCCCAAAAUUAAGCGUUUUGCAGUCUGAUAAUAAUUUGGCCUCUCGUUGUAUUAGCUUAACUCUCUAGAGUGAAUUCAGUUAAAAAUUCUUAACUUGAACAGUGCUGCACACUUUACACUUUUCCGAUUUUUCAAAUUUUUGUUUUAAAGCUUGCUACCAUGUGUUAAUCAUUCAACAUAUGAUGUUCAGUCUAUCAAAAAAGCGUUGCAGUGGUUCUUUUUGAGUUGUGCCAAAAAUCUAAAAAGAAUUCUUCAUAACUGACUGAGCUAAUUCAAGGAGUCAAAAGUGUCCGAGUUAAGAUUUAAAAAGAGAGAGAAAGAAACAAGGAUAUCUUUCAAGAAUUUCACUGUCUGUGUCAGCAGUUAAAACCCCCUCAACACAAGAACCUGUUUAGCCUAAAAUUUUAAACAGGUUCUUAUUUAAAAAUGUUUUUAAAAAAUUUUGUACGCUUGGAAAAUAAAAAAAACAACAUUCAGGAUCCCGUUUGGAGACAUAGGUGAUUUAUCAAUCCAACUGGAAUGUAUUGGUAUGCCGGUAAUUUCAUAAGGGAUAAGCUGAACACAACUAAAUACUCUUAGCUACAAUGUAUUUUUUCAUUCACAAAUGAAAGCAGCCUAAAUUUCAUAUGUGCUAUGAAUUUCCAUUUAUGUAAGAACCUGUUUUGGCUAAUUUGGGAAAAUGCAACUUCUUAGUCGCGGUUUUUACUGAAUAGCCUCUAAAGCGUCUUCAGGACAGUUACACUGAUAAAUAUUUUGAAUGGCAAAUCUGUCGCAUGGAAAACAGUUUUCCAAACAUUACAUUUGCUGAUAAUAAGAAUGAUUGUCUUCACAUUUCGUCAAAUUAUCACGUCAGUGCCCUCAGUUCAAACUUGGUUUAACUUGUAUCUCAAAGGAAGUUUACAUAGUUCUCAUCAUUUGCCGGUUUUCAAAAUAAUUGCUUAACGUCAUGGAGCCUUCCAACUCGUUUUAACUUGCAACUUAAAUAAAACAAAAGCAGUACAUGACUCUUUUCAAUUCGUCAAUUAAGACCGACUGAUUUACAUGUAACCAAUAAGAAUACUUCUAGUAACCUACAUUUAACAAUCUUUCAAACUUGUCCAAAACACGUUUUUACGUAAACUUGGUCAAAAUAGGGCAUAAAAACCUUCGUACUGUCGAAAACAUUAUCAUUCGUCUUGGGAUCACUACAGUCAUUCAUACCAGCAAGGUAGGACUUGAGUCAAUGUUUCCAACAAUCUUUUAUAUCAAAACUAAUAUACUCAGUUUAAUUAAACAAUAGCUUGGAGUUCUUUUCACGUGGUUUUAAUUUGAACUGUUUCUUUUCACGAAAUAUUUAAAUGUAAGGCUUACUGCUACUAAUUUUGUUUAGUUGCGCUUAAAUCUUAAACAAACGCUUCAGCGAAAUGUCCAAAAGUUUUAAGCGUCCGUGUAAGUUCGAUAUAUAAUUGCAAGGACAUGGUAAUGUUUUCAAGUAAUGCUAAAAGCUGACCUGAAAUUGAUGAAUGAAACCUGAUGAAACUGAUAUUUUUGCUCCAAAACAAAUAGUAACUUCGCCACAGAUCAUCAAUUCGCGUUGCUUGUUAUCUGCAUUUUGAAUUUUUUUUUUUUUUAGCAAAUCAUUGAAACCGAUGCCUUUUUAAAGAUAUUACGUUUUUUGCAGGUUCGUAGCGCCCUUUACGCAAAUACAAACGUGCAUACUUGAGAAAUUGCUAGGAUUUUUUUUAAAGAUUUUCUGUUAUAAGUACUCCUGGUAAAAGCUAUAUGUAGCUUCGCCUGACUUAAGUUUGUUUUGUGCAGAUUUGUUCCUGUCUGUCUUGCUGUUAUUCCGCAUCGUUUUUACCGGUAAAAAAAAGAGCAGUUUGAGUAGUGGAAUGUGAUAAAUUCGAGCGAGACAUUCUUGAAAUGUUUACCUUCAGGCGAUCCCACAAUACAUUGCGUGCUCAUGAAAAACGGAAAAGAAUUUCUGUUCACCUCGCUGAUUUUUCUUCCUUUGUUGAUUUUUAAGGAGUGCAUUUUUAAGAAAGCAUCAGACACUACUGGGUUGCGUGUCUUCUGGAGUGGCACUCUUCGUCUCUCCAACUGCCAUCAUUGCUGCAGGCGAUGGUAUUUCACUUUCAACGGUGCUGAGUGUUCAACACCAGGUGCCAUUGACGGUGUAGUCUUCAUGGUACAUGGAAGUGGUACGAAAAAGGAUUUACACCGUGUACGUCACAUAGAAGGAGUCUGUGAGAAAAUCCACAAGGGUACUGUUCGCGUGGGAUUCUGGGUCGGCAAUUGUGCUGGUUUCGGAUCUGCUGAUGCUCACACAGGCUGGAACUCAGUAUCCCGGAUAUACGUGGAGGAAGUACCUCCCCCGCAGGCUUAA